AUGAAAGGGCCCCAUCAUCCCUACUAUUCCGAGGAUGAAUUAACGCCAUUCAUAACGUCUUCAUUUGCUCUUUCUUCUUAUCUAUCUAUCUAUCUAUCUAUCUAUCUAUCUAUCUAUCCUACGUACAUUCUUUCAUUAUCUAAGGCCCUACAUCUAUCUAUCUAUCUAUCUAUCUAUCUAUCUAUCUAUCUAUCUAUCACACUUCCUUUUUCCAUCUAUCCAUCCAUCUAUCCAUCUAUCUAUCUAUCUAUCCAUCCAUCCAUCCCACGUACAUUCUUUCAUUAUCCAACGCCCCACAUCUAUCUUAUCUAUCUAUCCAUUCAUCCAUCCAUCUAUCCAUCCAUCUAUCUAUCUAUCUAUCACACUUCCUUUUCUAUCCAUCUAUCUAUCUAUCUAUCUAUCUAUCCAUCACACACACUUCUUUUUAUCUAUCUAUCUAUCUAUCUAUCUAUCUAUCUAUCUAUCUAUCUAUCUAUCACACACUUCCUUUUCUAUCUAUCUAUCUAUCUAUCUAUCUAUCUAUCUAUCUAUCUAUCUAUCUAUCAAUCUAUCUAUCUGAGUUUGGCCACAUUUUUCCUACAAAAUAUUCUUACGUAUCUAUCCUUCACCACCUCUGACACACUAUCUAUCUCACACAUUCCGUUUUUCUUUCUUUCCCCCACUUCCUUUUCUCUUUUCCCUCUAUUUCUCUAUAUAUCCGGAAAUGCAUGA